UAAUGUCAUGUCUGAAAACUAGUAUUUAUAGUAUAUAUUUGAUUUUACAAAUUUCUCAUAAUAAGUUUAUAAAUAUAUUGUGAAAAUGUUAAUACCAACGUGUAUAAUUAAAUUAUCAGAAUUGAUGCUAACAGUGGCGUGUCUCACGCUUCACCAUUACAGUUACGAUUUAACAGAUGUACCCACAAUGAUGCUGUGUUCUGGUACUUACAUUGGAUUCAUUGUUGUUCUUUCGGGAGAAAUUGUCGGAGAAAUGAUAUUUUCACCACUCGACCUCGUUCAAGAUAUGUAUUUUGGUAUUCUUGGAACCGGGUUCUUUGCUGCAAGUGGCGGUCUAGUGCUGUCUUCGAGGGCUCGAGGGUCUAGCUACCCCAGAACGGGGGAUCAUACCGCGGCCCUUCUUUGCGGCUCGUUGGCAGUAUUGAACGCAAUUAUCAUGCUAUUUGACUUGAGUCUGGCGUAUUUAGACUCUGAGGAGUUCGAUGAGGAGACCAGCGUAUGAUCUCCGAGGCGAGACGGUCUCGGCGGCAGCGGACGCGUACAUCGACACAUGGUGGUCUGCUUCAGGCAGCAUAUUAUUUGGCACAUGUGGCGCCU